UCUUCAAGCAAUCAAUUCAACAUCUAAGCUCCGCUUUAAAUGGAAACAAACCUCACUCAACUCCCUUUUCACACUACUAUAUCUCCUUAUAUAACCAAUCACUCACCAUUUUUCGUCCAACGACCAAAUCUAACAACAAAUCCAAAACCCCACAAAACCCAAUUCAUCAAAAUUUAAAUCUUUAUUAUCAUCUUCAUCAUCAAGCUCAAGAAUUUUACAAUCUUUGAAUGAUCAUCAAUGGAUCCACUAGGGCCACCAUCAUCUCAGGGAACAGAUUUUAGUCCAUUGUUCAUUUCUUUAGGAAUUGUUGCCACUAUUUCUCUAAUUAUAGUUGUAUACCAUCUUUUACUUGUUAAAGUGUGCAUCUCAAGAAGAAGAUUAGGAUCAAGAUCAACGUCCGAUGAUUCAUUCACUACUAUUGACCCCAUGCAUGGCGAUCUGAGAAUCGGAGUAGACGAUCAUGUUCUUAAAGAUAUCCCCGUUUUUUUCUACUCAAAACAAAAUAUUGAUGACGAUCAAAUUAGUGAGUGUGUUAUUUGUUUAGGUGACCUUGAAGAAGGUGAUUCUGUGCGUUUAUUGCCUAGUUGUGGACAUAUUUUUCAUGUCCCAUGCAUUGAUGAUUGGCUUGCAGCGCACGCUAACUGCCCGGUUUGUAGGUCAUCAAUAGUAGCUUCUCCUAUGGUUCCUUCUUCGCCUAUAAGUCACCGUUUGGCUUCGUAUUUAGACGAAUCGCCGGCUUUUAAUAAUGGUACAAGAGAAAGAACUACUACUACUACUCAGGAUUUAGGUCAUUUUCUUGAACAAGGUGAUCAAGAAAAUGCUUCUUCCUCUACUAUUACUACUACCGCGGAUUCGCGAGAGUCAUUGAGAAAAAUGUUGCAUAGCUCGUCGCUUAUUUUGCCGAAGGAAGGGAAACGAGAAAGAUUUAUGAAGUUGAAGCGAUCUUUAUCAAUGGAUCAAUGUUUUGUUAUUAUUGAUAUUCAAGGAGAUAAUGAUGAUUCUGAAAAAGCUUCUUCAUCUUUGUCAUCUUCUUUACCUUCUUAUGGUAUUUUAGCGGGGAAAAGAUCGUGUAGAGAACGAUCCAUGAGGCAAUUAGAUCGAAUUUCUUCAAGAUUAUUGAGAUCUUUCCCGCAAAUAAGAUUUGGCCAAAGUGCUGCGAUGACUUCGACUAGCGACACUCUUCAGAGUUAAGAUCAUUGCCGACACUCUUCGGUUAAAAGAUCAUUAGGGACACUACUCGGUUUAAACAUCAUUAGCGACACUCUUCGGUUUAAAGAUCAUUAGCGACACUCUUCAGUUUAAACAUCAUUAGCGACACUCUUUGUAAGAAAUAGAAUUAUAUUUUGUUUCUAGGUUAAUUUUUUAAUAAAUAUUUGCUUUAGAAUAGAGGCAUCAAUUUCAUUCAUUUAUCUAAAUAUGGUAUCCAUGACUUCGUACAA